UUGAGUUUUCAGACUCGUGAUUCCUGAUUCAGUACAAAGAUUCGAAUCAUUAACCCGGGUGAUUCAUGAACCGUCCAGCUCUACAUAACGCUCACAAACUAAACCAGGAAGUCUGAGCUGCUGUAAAUGACUUGCUGUGUUUACUGGUGUUUCUGUUUACAUGCAGAAAAAUGUCCGAAGACGAAUUCAGCUGUCCAAUCUGUCUGGACACACUGAAGGAUCCAGUAACUACAUCAUGUGGACACAGUUUCUGUAUGGUGUGUAUCAACAACUGCUGGGAUCAGGCGGGUGAUAAGAGAACAUACAGCUGUCCACAGUGUAGACAAACCUUCACUCCAAGACCUGUAGUGAGUAAAAACAUUAUUCUGGCUGAGAUUUUGGAAAAACUGAAGAUGAGAGAAUCCCAAGUUUCACUUCCUACUGGACCUGAAGAUGUGGAGUGUGAUUUCUGUACUGGGAGAAAAUACAAAGCUGUUAAAUCCUGUCUGGUGUGUUUGGCCUCUUACUGUGAAACUCACCUCCAGCCUCACUAUGAAUCUUCUGCUUUUAAGAAGCACAAGCUGGUUAAAGCCUCCAGACGACUCCAGGAGCAGAUCUGCUCUCAGCAUGAUAAACUGCUGGAGGUUUACUGUUGUACUGAUCAGCAGUGUAUCUGCAUGUUGUGCACCAUGGAUGAUCAUAAAGGACAUGAUACAAUAUCAGCUGCAGCAGAAAGAACUGAGAAACAGAAGCAGCUGCUGAAGAUCCAGAGAAAAUUCCAGGAGAAAAUCCAGAACAGAGAGAAGGAACUUUACGAGCUGAUCAACGCUGUGGAGUCUCACAAGCACUCUGCACAGACAGCAGUGAAGAACAUUGAGAGGAUCUGUACUAAACUAAUGAACUCAAUUAGGAGAAGAUGUUCUGAGGUGAAAGAACUGAUCAGAGAUCAAAAGAAAGCUGAAGUGAGUCAAGCUGAAAAAGCCCUAAAGCAGCUAAAGGAGGAGAUUAUAGAUCUGAAGAAGAAAGAUGCUGAACUGGAGCAGCUUUCACACACAGUGGAUCCCAUCCAUUUCCUCCAGAGUUUCCAGUCUCUCUCGACUCCUGCUGGACCUGCAGAAUCACCCGUCAUCACAAUCAGUCCUUUCCUCUCAUUUGAUGAAGUUACAGAGUCUGUAUCUCAGCUGAGAGAGAAAGUAGAAGAACUCUGGAAAGAGCAGUCUGAGAAGAUACCAGAUGAAGUGAAGAAAAUCCGGAUUAUUUCACCUCCUGAACUUGAAAUCAGAGAAGAUUUUCUACAAUUGAAGAAAGUCCGGAUUACUCCACCUACUGAACCUGAAACCAGAGAAGAUUUUCUACACUAUUUCUGUUGGUUCACACUGGAUCCAAACACAGUAAAUAAACGCCUCCGUCUGUCUGAGGAGAACAAAGUGGUGACCUGGAGUGAAAGAUUACAGUCGUAUCCUGAUCAUCCAGAUAGAUUUGAUUGUUACACUCAGGUUCUGUGUAGGGAGAGUGUGAGUGGACGCUGUUACUGGGAGGUUGAGUGGAGUGGGAAUGAUGGGAUUUAUAUAGCAGUGUCAUAUAAAAGCAUCAGCAGAAAAGAAAGUGGCGAUGAGUGUCUGCUUGGAGGUAAUGAUCAGUCAUGGAGGUUGUUCUGUUCUCCAUCCAGCUUUUUAUUCCGGCACAAUUACAUAAGAACUGAAACCCCUAUAAUGCCGAGUUCCUCUAGAAUAGGAGUGUAUGUGGAUUACAGAGCAGGAACUCUGUCCUUCUACAGCGUCUCUGAUACAAUGAAGCUCCUCCACAGAGUUCAGACCACGUUCACUCAGCUCCUCUACCCGGGGUUUUUGGUUAAUCCAGGAUCAACAGUGAAACUGUCAGAUUAUACUAAUUAAAUGUAAAAUUUACAACCCCAAAUCAGAAAAAAGUUGGGACAGUAUGGAAAAUGUAAAUCAUAAUAAGAGUUUCUUACAUUUACUUUGAUGUUUAUUUGAUGUCAGACAGGAUGAACCUGAGAUAUAUUGUUGUCUCCAUUCCUGCAUUUCAGGCCUGCAACACAUUCCCAAAAAAUUGAGACAGUAAAGCAUUUACCACUUUGUAAUGUUGCUUUUCACCACUUAAAAGACCUUUUGGCACAGAGGAGACCAAGUGAUUUAGUGUUUCAGCUUUUAUUUUGUCUCGUUUUUCCUGCACACGUCGUUGUCGCAUUUUUUUUAUUUCAAAAGUCUCCACACAUUCUCUGUUGGGGACAGGUCAGGACUGCAGGCAGGCCAGUCCAGUACCUGUACCCUCUUCUUCCGCAGCCACGCCUUUGUAAUGUGUGCAGCAGGUGGUUUUGCUUUGUCUUGUUGAAAAAUGCUGGCCGUCCCUGGAAAAGACGACAUCUUGAAGGCAGCAGAUGUUGCUCUAAGAUCUUAAUGUACUUUUUUAAUUGCAUUAAUGCUGCCACCAUGACAGACCCUGACUUUUGGACUUGUUGCUGGAUGGUCCUUUUUGUCUUUGGUUUGGAGCACACGGCGUCCAUUUUUUUCCAAACAAGACCUGGAAUACAUCUGACCACAAUACAUGUUUCGUCUGUGUGAUGGUCCAUCCUAGAUGCCUCAGAGCCCAGAGCCGCUUCUGGACAUGGUUAACAUAAAAGGCUUCUCUUUUACACAGUAAAGUUUUAAGUAUCAUUUGUGCAGAUAAACUAAUCCCUCACCCAUGUGGUUAUAUCAGCUAGUGUUGAGUGGAGGAUCUUGAUGCCGUCUGAGGGAUGGAAGAUCACGAGCGUCCAGAUUAAGUUUGCGCCUUUGGCUUUUACGCACUGAAAUUCCUCCUGAUUCCUUGAAUGGUUUAAUGAUAUUCUGCACUGUAGCGGGAGAAAUAUGCAAAUCCCCUCCAAUUUUUCUUUGAGGUUCAUUGUUUUUAAACAUUUCAAUCAUUUUCUCACACAGUUGUGGACAAACUGGAUCCUCUGAUCAUCUUGAUUACAAUCACCUGUACAUGAAAGUGUAACAUCAAACUGUUUGGGUGAUUUUAAAAUCUCAUGUGAGGCAGUGAUACAUUUAUGAAGAUUAAUGGCUGCAGAUCUCUUGGGUUUGAACCUCACAUCUGCUCACUAUUUGCAAGGGGUUUGGUAUGUUCUCUAUGUGUUCACAUGAUUUUCUUCAUGUACUCUGGUUUCCACCCAUCCUCGAAAAAUCCAGUAGGUGGAUUGGCUGCUAUUGUGGGAGAGUAAUGUAAUAUUUCUCUGUGAUUAACUGGACCCUGUACUGUAUUUCCUGCAUUGCACCUGUUUUCUUGGUGGGUCUGGGAAAGUAGUGAACAUAAACAAAUGAUUAAUA